UGUGUCGUUCACGUAUCGUACGUAAAAUGUUACGUACAUAUACAACGUUUGGUUAAGCUAAUUUCUGAUUUGGGGUUGAAUAUUUACGCUUUCCAGUAAAUUGCCAGUCGUUGCUUUAAUAUAACAAACGCAGAAAAUAAGAGCGGGGCUAAAGAAGACAAACGAGUCGUUUGUUCGCUUUUUGUCUGGACGAACAUUUGUGUCUUUUCAUCGGGAACAAGACCGACAUGAGCAAACAGUAACGCUUGGUGGAUUUAUCUGCAUCUUCCUGACUGCCAUGGAGGUUCUUCCAGUUCUUGAUCCAGUUGACAAGCCUAAAGAGAACAUUUGGUAUGCUUUAGUACCCAGAGGAAGUGCUCCAGGUGUUAGUGUGGGGCAUACCUGCAUGUUUAUUCCCUCUGAAGAUGGAGGAAAGGGAAGAAUCCUCAUCAUUGGUGGAGCUGAUCCCCGUGGCAGUUUCUCAAAUGUACACAUCAUAAAUAUGGAUAAUCAUGAGUGGGACACUUCUGACUGGGAAGGUUUGGAGGCACGAUAUGAACACUGCAGCUUUGUGCCAGACAGCUUCCUGCAAAACCUCUGGGUGUUUGGUGGGGCACAGAGGACAGGCAAUCGCAAUUGUAUCCAGACAAUUCAGUUAACUGAUAGUGAGCCUCGCUGGAAGCAUGUAGCAGCAAAAGGAGAACCCCCGAGUCCCAGGACGUACCACACUACUACAGCCUCCAUAGGAGACAAAUUGUUUGUCUUUUCUGGGGGAGAAGCAGGUGAUGCACCUGUGUCAGACACCAAACUCCAUGUUUUUGAUACAGUGUCUUCUACUUGGUCCCAGCCAGAGACUCAGGGCAGGGCACCAGCAGCCAGACAUGGUCACAUUAUUGUUGCAGUGGGCUUCAAGAUCUACAUCCAUGGAGGGAUGGCUGGAGAGAAGUUCCACAAUGAUAUGUACUCUUUGGACACAAGGAACAUGAAGUGGGAGAAAGUGCAGACCAAAGGAGACAUCCCACCUGGAGUAGCAGCCCACUCAGCUGUGGUACUGGGUACCAACAUCUAUGUAUUUGGAGGGAUGACUUUGGAUGGGGCAAUCAACUCCAUGUAUAGAUUUCGCACAGAUAGACAUACAUGGAGCCUAAUGAAGUUUGAAGGAGACAUGCCAUCGAACCGUCUGGACCACUCUAUGUGUCUGUUGCCAUGGCAGCCGUUUGAAGGGAGUGGAGAUGGAAGUCAUGCCACAAGUCUGGCCUCCAAAGAAACAUCACAUCUGGUGUUUGUAUUUGGAGGGAUGGACACUCAGGGAGUCAUACAUAAUGAUUGUGUUGUAACUGUUGUGAAAUAAAGUGAUCUUUGUUUCAUUUCAAUUUUCUCAAAACACUGAAGGCAAAAUUUGCCCAUUUAAGGUGGUUAUAAUUUAACCUGUGGAAAAAUGCAAUAAAACUAAUGAAAGCAGCAGGAGACGGGCAAACUAA